UACAGCUGCAAUCGGUAACACGUAACAAGGGAAUUAACCAAGGGAAAGCCCCGUAGAGAAAAUAUGAAAAACAUUCAAGUUGAAAGGGUUUAAUUGUUCGUGAAGCUUGUGUCGACAUUAGAAUAGGAGCAGUUUAGCAAUGGCUUUUUCCAAAUUUUCGACUGAAAAGAUUUGGCAAGAGAUAUCCAAGAAAAGCGAAGAAGAAAAACGGCAAUUAUUGGAAUGGCAACUACAAGCAAGAGAGCCAAUUCAUAAAUUCUCCGAUAUGAGACCAGGCGAUCACCUAACAAAGCGAUUUCAAAUAUCAGGAAAAAUCCUGUAUUACCAUCAUUUUUUAUGCAUUGAAUCAAAAAAUGGCAAGCCUAAAAUCAUCCACUACACAAACACACCUUUGAAUGCGAUAAAACAGGCGUUUAAAACGGCUUCCUUCUCUUCUGGUUCGGCUCUUGGUCAACUUGGCACUGUAAAGGAAAUGACUUUGCCACAUGAUGAUUUUAUUCCAAAUGAAGAACUGUUGCAGGAGAAAGGUGGUGAAGUAGAAAGAGUAGUUUGGCCAGAUGAACUUAAACGUUAUGGAAUAAAAGAGGUGGUAACUCGAGCAAGAAAAAGAAAAGACGAAAAAUUCUACGAUUUGGCAAAAAAUAAUUGUGAAAGUUUUGUGAUGUGGUGUUUAUGUGAUAUAAACAUCAGUCUUCAAGCAACCAAUUUAGUUUCCUUUAUCACUGAUUAUCUUAAAAGCACAACACGAACUGCCUACCAAUGUCUGCAACAAUUGCCCAAAAUAGGAGUAGAAAUUCCGGAAAAGAUUUUGGGUCGUACAUGUUUUGGAAAUGAUAUAGGAUGCAUUGGAAAAGGUGGACUUUCAGGUCUAGGGUCGAUACUGGGAAUUUCAGUGACAAUAUUGGUUGAAUCAUUUAUGUUGUACAAGAAAAUUAAGGAAUCGAAAAGGAAAUGGGACGAUGGACUGCUGAUCACGAAGAGAAAAGGAUUUAUCAAAGAAGUUAUCGAUGCAUUCAUAAGUUUUUUAUGUCGCUCAGGAGGAAGCAUUGGAGGAAUGGUUCUUGGUCAAUUCUUCAUACCCAUACCAUUUGUUGGUGCUUUUGUGGGAAUGCUUCUUGGUACAUUUACUGGUGAUUUCUUAUCCAAGCGAAUACCUGAAAAAUAUUUGUCUGACACUGCUUCUGGAAUUGAUGAAUUCAUCGAUGAACUAUAUGAUGAUAUGAAAAACGAUUAACAAAAUACACUUAGAAUAUUGACGUUUGAAGCACUUAGCAAUCCAGAAAAAGUACUCGGUUUACUUAAAAUUAGUUGUUCAUAAAAUAUGACAGUUUUUAGUUGUUUAUAGAUAGUAUGGUUGUUUAUGUGCUUAAAAAUAUAACUCGUUGUAAUGUAAUGGAGUGUAAUGUUUUGAAAAAUGAAAGUUUAAUGUACCAUUGA